UCCCAGCCCCGCCUAUGUAAGAGCACCCGCCGAGAGCUCGCUCGUUCCCGGCAAGGCGAGAGAACGCGUACGUACGAUCGACACCAAGAAACCCAAGGCACGUACCACAACGACAGCCUGCUCUGCUCCUCUGUGCCAUUGUCAGAAUGUAUCCGGCCAAGCCCACCGCCGCCGCAGCCAGCGCGCCUGUGGUCGGGAUGGCGCCGCCGGUGACCGGCGUCCCCAUCUCCAGCCCCGGCCCCGUCGCGGCCACCGAGUGGUCCUCCGGCCUCUGCGCCUGCUUCGACGACUGCGGCCUCUGCUGCCUGACGUGCUGGUGCCCGUGCAUCACGUUCGGUCGGAUCGCGGAGAUCGUGGACCGCGGCGCGACGUCGUGCGGCGCCGCGGGCGCCAUCUACACGGUGCUGGCCUGCUUCACGGGGUGCCAGUGGAUCUACUCCUGCACGUACCGCUCCAAGAUGCGCGCGCAGCUCGGCCUCCCCGACGUCGGCUGCUGCGACUGCUGCGUCCACUUCUGCUGCGAGCCCUGCGCGCUCUGCCAGCAGUACAGGGAGCUCAAGGCCCGCGGCUUCCACCCCGACCUCGGCUGGGACGUCAACGCCCAGAAGGCGGCGGCCAACGCCGCUGCCGGCAUGUACCCGCCGGCAGCGCAGGGGAUGGGCCGCUAAAAGCCAGCCAGCUGCCUCAUCGCGCGACGAUCCGCGCCCGGCCCAGCUCCAUCGGUAAAAAAAAAAACUCUGUCGUACGUCUCAGUCAAUAUCAUCGCGUACGUACGUGUAUUGUAUGAUAUGAUGACGUGUAUUCAUGACUGGUACACAAAGAAUGCCUAUGUGUGUUUCAAGAUUUGUACGGGCUGGGCUGUACGUUUAUUUUUUUUUGGUCCACUCAAUAUAUCCGGCGAAAAUAUUUUUCCUUGAAUCUGUUUUUCUUUUUCUUUUUCCCUUUCUUCUUACUCGGUACUUCUUAGCACCGAGUACCAUGCAUGGAAGUUCAUAAGCUAAAUAUAUGUGUGUUUGGUUUACUAGCAAACAUGCUCCUGUGUUAUAUAAACAUGCAAUGUAACGUGCGAGUCAUUGUAUGGUCAACUACAUGACUUAUGGCUCGAAAAAUUUAUGCAACGAUUGUAUCA